UGGUGCUCAUUGCCCGCUUCACUUUGCCGGGUGGCUUCACUGGCUUCUGUCCGAUGCAGGUGGUGCCAUGGAUGGAUUCAUUCGUUGAAAGAGUUUGUUAUCAUGCCACUCCCUUCUCUUAUUCUUUCUAUUAUCGUUACUACUGUACUUGUACAGAGUGUUGGGCCUGGGAAUGAUUUCAUGCAUAUGCAUGUCACUAGCCCCCGAUACUAUCGCCGAUACGGGCACUCUGUCUAUACUACUGUAUUUACCACGACUACGCCGCAGGUCCACUUCGGAAACGAUGCCUAUAUUAUAUGGAAUAUACAUAGAAACCAGAUAACUCCUACGCCGCACAUACGGAACACCACAGCGAAUACGGAGUACAGUGCUCAGUCCAAUCUGAGUCGGACGGAGCAAAGCACUCGCACAGACCUGAAUCCGGCCAUGAUUAUGACCUGCAAAGAAAGUAUCUACCACGAUACGAUUUGUAUUAGUAUUACUUGUUGUGGGGAACACUGACUACGGAGACGAGACCAGCCUGGAUUCUAAUAAAAGGAGAGUGAUUGGCACGGCGCAAAAAAGGCGCAAAUGUUACUAUUAUGGAUUAUGGAUGGAUACCCGCGCAAGCCGAGGAAAUGAGGAAAAGUUUUCUUGUCGAUCGGAGUCAGAGAGAGGGCGAAAGGGAAGAAAAUCUUACUGGGAGGCAGGCUGGUUACGGUCUUCUCCGAUUUACGCAAUGGGAAAAUAGCAUUUUUGUAAGUGGGAUGUGCCGGUAUGCAGUCAGUGUUCAAAACAGUAGAGAUGGAUUCUAGGAGAUACGAGGACUCAUAGAGCAUAGAACACAUACAAAAUAGGUAUAUUCAAUACAGACAAUUGUCAAAUGCAAAG